AUGGAGGAGGAUUUUUCCUGCCAAGUCAAGAAGAUGGCGCUGGCCUUGGGAACGUCUCUGACGGACAAGGAUAUUGACCUGCUGCCCUCGGAGAUGAGACAUCACGCUGCCUUCAACUACAGCAAGUUCUUCGAGUACAUGCGGAAGUUCCAGACGUCGAGCGAGCAGCAGGAGCAGUUGCGCAAAGCUUUCCAGCUCCUGGACAAGGACAACAGCGGCUUCAUCGAGUGGAACGAGAUCAAGUACAUCCUGUCCACCGUGCCCAGCACCAUGCCUGCGAUGCCCUUGUCAGACGAGGAGGCUGAAGCUAUAAUCCAAGCGGCUGAUGCAGAUGGGGAUGGGAGGAUUGAUUUCCAAGAGUUCUCCGACCUGGUCACAAAGGAGAAGGUCCCCAAGAAGAAGUAA